GUGUCCGCAGAGUGGGUAACGGGACUGUGAAGAUGGCGUUUCUCGGAUCUGUGUGUCUGAUUUACAGGAGUAGAUGACGACGUUGACACCGUUAUCACUGUAUGACAGCACCAUUCCUGCAAUGUACAGCUAAAGCGACGGACAGAAAGGAUUUCACCAUUUUAAGUGUGCGUGUAUACAAAAAAAGUCAAACUAAAAAACAAAGCAACCCAUGGAGGAUAUCAACUCCAACCUUAACGCAGACUUGGAGGUGCGGAAGCUGCAGGACUUAGUGAAGAAGCUAGAGAGACAGAAUGAGCAGCUUCGGACCAGAUCCACUCAGCUUACCUCAUCGGGUGGGGUGUCUGGAAGUGCAAGACCCCGUAUCAGCGGCCCCCAACUGUCCCAGUCGGCGGCAGGGCUGGCAGGUUUUCUUGGGGUGGGGUUCGGAGGUACAAGGGGUUUGGGGGCGUUCGAAAACGCUCGUUGUAUGAGUCCCAACUUAUCUCUAUCUGUGGACGAUACAGACUACCUUGGGAGGGCAAGUAUGGGCGGUUUGGUAGCCACUGACGCAUUGCUUGAGGGUGCUGGGGAUUUUGACGAAGGAGAGAGAACUAUCCUGGAUGAGGUGGAAAUCCUCAGUCUGGAGGACACCGAUUGUCUCGAUGAAGAGGACAGCUGGUUGUAUCAAUCACCAAAGAAGAAUCACACAUUGCGGAUGGCUGUUAGUCCACUAGCCUGGUGCAGGCAGGUGCUGGAUCAUCCAAGUCCUGAUGUAGAAUCAGCAAAAAGAUCAUUAAUACACAGGCUAGAACAGACCAUGUCAGCAAACAAGAGGAGAAGUCUCUAUAGCAGUCUAUACAACACAACAGCUGAUUACUCGAGCCCUUACAGUCCCAGCACAGGGAAUAGCCCAUACAGCAGUGGCUUCAACUCCCCUUCCUCCACCCCGCUGAGGAUUCCCAUUGUGAAGCAGCUGGUGUUUCCAGGCAGUUCAGGUAAUUACAAAAGCUCUACAGAAAGGAACCCGCCCAUCAGCCCCCAGUCCUCGGUGGACAGUGAGCUGAGCACCUCGGAGAUGGACGAGGAUUCGGUUGGGUCCGGGUACAAGCUGAACGACGUCACAGACGUGCAGAUUCUAGCACGCAUGCAGGAGGAAAGUCUGAGGCAGGAGUAUGCUGCCACAGCUUCACGCCGCAGUUCAGGCUCCUCUUGUCACUCCCUCCGACGGGGCACCUUCAGCGAUCAGGAGCUAGACGCCCACAGCUUGGAAGACGAAGAGGAGGCCGUCCACCCCGCCUUCCACACCCCCAUCAAUCGCUUCUCCCCGUCACCCCGGCACUCCCAACGUCCAUCUCCCCAACACUCCCCCCGCAACUCCCCACGGUCACACUCCCCGGCACGCUCCCUGGAGUACAACCGCGGCUCUCCGCAGCCAGUCAUCAGCCGGUUGCAUCAACCUCGCCUGUCCUUGCAAGGGCACGCCCCUGACAUGCAGACUAGUUCGGUCAAGAACGAAGAAAAGCUAAGGCGUAGUCUUCCCAACCUGUCCAAGACAUCUGGUGUCCAGGCAGCAGAGUCUGUCAAAAACAGCAGAAGUUGCGACUCAAAUCUUCAAGUGCCAAAUGGUGGAAUACCUCGACUUCAACAGCAGCCCUCAGCCAUACCUUCCCCUAGCAAACUGCGACCUCCUGCGGCUCCAUCCCCCCUGUCCUUGCGGCAGCCCAUCAGAGCGAUGCUGAACCCUGGGACCUCGUCCCCCACUCCUGCAGGUGCCCCUACCACCCCCACCCGAUCCGUCGGGUCCCGCAGCGGCCUCCCGCGGCCCAGCAUCUCAUCCGGAGGAGGAGGGAUACCAGUGCCACGCAGCAGACUUGCACAGCCUGUUCGAAGGUCAUUGCCAGCUCCCAAGAUAUAUGGUGGUUUGAAAGAUGAAACCUGGAAAGAAGGCUGCUACUGAGUGAGCACCAUGAAGAGCUCUGAGGAGACCAUGCUCACUUCUACAACCUUAAGACUUGCAGCAGACUGUUCACUUGUGACUUGCAGGGUUGAAGAGGAUGGGGUGGAAGGCUGAAUCCUAGAGCUCUGUUAUUUAAUCAGCACAAACUGGCAGAUUUAUAAAGCAGCACUUUAUUGACAUUCAGAAUUUUUGUAUUUUUUUGGUAUUCAUACAAUCAGUUUCCAUGGAAUUCUCAUUUUUAGUGUGCUUAUGUGGACCCCACCAUACCAUUUAGAACGGUAAAGGUCAAUGUCUGGGCCCAAACCCAGUGUAUGCCAAAGAGAAAUGCUGACUUCAAAUAGCAGUAAAUGAGAACAGUGAAGUCUGGAGGGUUUCAUUCUGCACCACUAAUCCAGCAUGACACACAAAACAAUAUAGUACAGGAUUAUGUAUAUUACAUCAAGUUGAAAAGCAGAUCUACUGUACCAUUGCACACAAUAGAAUGGCAAAGAACACUGCAUAAAACCUUUUCUUAUAACAAGUCGGUGCAGAAUUUGUGAGAUUUAUUAUACAAUGGCAACAUGUAUUCUGAUCUGUAGCAUUUCAAGGGGGAACUAUAUGUUGUGUAUUCAACUUGCAUUAUUGGUAAAGUUUACAUUGACAUAUCUUCUGAGCGUUUUGGACUUUUUUUAGGGGAAUGCCAAAGGGCUGGGUUUUAUUUCUAGGACAUUUUUUCUGCACUGUAUGUUUUGGCUCAGGAGAGAGUUACUGGUGUCUUGCCAACUUAUACACUGUAUGUUAAGCAGGGCAAGGGACAUUUUUUACAACAAGUGUUUCCUUAGAAGUAAAAGUCAGAAUCAGAAGUGGUCUACUUAUUUCAGUUUAACCACACCACAGUGCUUACACCAUGGAACUUCAUGUUCUGUUAAAACUAUGCACUUCUUUCAUAAUCCUAAAAUGUACUGAAGUAUGUGAUUUUAAACCCUGCUGUCUAAUAUACUGUAGGUACAGUUUAGAGACAUAUCAUGUGGGAAUUGUAUUUAUGACUACAUAAGGACAUGUCUACAGCUUAAUAUGUUAACCUACAUUGAGCUUCUGGUGUGCUGAAAGUUGCAGAGGAGUAGUCGCUUGGUAAACAUUGGAGAUAUUUUAAUCCUGCUGUAGCAAUGGCCCAUUUCAUGCAUGAAAAGUGCCUGGGUUGAUUUUUUUUAGACCAGACUUUUAAUGAUCACUCCCUCCCCCAGACAUUGUCUUACAACUGCAGAGAGGGGACAGUGGUGCUUCACUGGCGCAAUGGGACUGCCUUGAAAACAUUAGUAUUGAAGCUUGAGGCAGUGAGCAUAGCUGGGAUUAAAUUAAUGCAGUAUAACUAGGCCAACUGGCAACUUUUUUUUUAUUUUUAUACUUCCAAACACCAACCAAAAACAUGUUUUAUUAUGCUUAUAAUGUUUUAAAAAACAGCCAGUGUAUCUGGAUUGUCCCAGGAACCUACCAUUGGUAAGCCUGAAAAUACUAACUAGCUCCUGGGGGGGGGGGGGCUGCUGUACAAUAUAUAUAUCGUAUAACUGUAAUAAACAGCUAGCCCGCUUUGGUACUGUAGUUCAGGCAGAUUUUGACAGUAUUAGAAUGCCAAUUAUACCAAUUAGAAUGCAUAAUAGUUCAGUUAUAUGUAUAUUUCAGUUUGUAUAAUAUAUUUAUUCAGGUUGCUUUAUAGGAUUUGUGUAGUGUGUUUAUAUUUAUUUCAUUUAUUUAUUUAUUUUUGUGAAAGAUCAAAACCAGAGAAAUAAGACACUUGGGUUCAUACACUUUU